AUGGCAAAGUAUCUAGUGAUUCUCUUAAUGUGCUUAAUUGCACUUCAAAAAGUACAAUGUAAACCAUAUGAAAGCAGUUCUUCGAGCGAAGAAUCUUCUGCUAUUGGUAUUCAGUCUGAUAAAGAUUUGAAAGGAGAGGAACAAGAAGUGAAACCCAUAGACGAAGAAACAAUGGAUGAAACUGAACGAAAUAAAGAUGAAACUGAACCAGAAGAACAUAAGGAAGCUUCAAAAGAAGAAGAAAGUAAUAAUGAGGAAUCUGAAAGUUCAGAAAAAGGAUUUGGCGACGAAAUGACAGAUACAUUUAAAAAACAUGCGAAAAAGCUUGCCGAUAAAAUGGGUGAAAAAAUUGUUGACAAAUUAACAGAAAAAUUCAAUGAAACCGUUGACAACCUCAUUGACUCAAAAAAAGAGAAUGAUCACAAGCAACAUCAUAAACAUGGAAAAGAAAAUCAUGAACAUGAUCACAACCACGGUGAUAAUCACGAAAAAAAUCAUAAAGAUAACAAACAUGAAAAUCACGAAGGGCACAAUAAUAAUAAUGCACAUCAUAAUAACGGAGAAAAACAUGGAAAUGGCAGCGGUGUGAUCAAUGGAAACAAAGGAAAAAGACAUAGCCUUGUACGUCCUCACCCAAUUCCAAAUACAACUCGAAAACCGUUUCGAAAUACUACAACUAAAAAAUCAAAUAGAAGAACAACCAAGAAGGCAACUGCUAGAACAACUCCGAGACCACCUAGAAGAACAACAACUAAAAGGUCAAGGAGAUCUCACAAAUCGUCGAAGAAAAAUGGAAAACAUUGA